AUGUUCGAGGGUUUACGUAACUCCGGGAAUUCGGAGAGAACCGUGNAUAGGGCUGACGGAUAUUUCGCGUGUCGGGACGCCCAUUGCCUCGAGAGUUGUGAGACGGUCUACAAGCUUAUGGCCUAUGGGAUCGAUCAUGAGGUUGAAAUGAAGGGGGAAAUCAAUGCCACUGAUCGACGACGGACGAUCAGCGAUGAUGAAGACCCAUGGAAAACUACGGCGAAUUCCGAGGUUCAGUGUGAGUGA